AUGGAUCCGACAUCCACCCCGCGGCAUCCAGAUCGCUUCAAAAUGGCGGCAACGGACACAAUCCCUUCCUCCUCACCUGCAUUUGGGACACCAGCACGACCAUUUCGAAUGCAAAAGACACAUGGUCUGCCAACCAAGACGUCUGUCUUACCCAUUCUGCUACCCCCGUCUACGCUUCGACCAGUAGCGUUCCGAACAUUUACCCGCAAACAUAAUCUCACCAUCUCAUCAUCAGCCUUGCAGACCUUGGCAGUGUUUGUGGGAAAGAAUUGUGGCUCAGGGUGGCGAGAAGAGGGACUUGCAGAGAGGGUUCUCGAUGAGGUGGCCAAAAUCUGGAAAAGAGCUGGUGGAAGCGUCAUCGUGGAAGAAGGGAAAGGUGCAUCCCUGAAAACGAUACUGCAGACACUUGAGGGGAGUAUGAGUGGUGGGAGAGUGGUGACUGGAAAAGUUCACCCCCAGGACGGAUCUUCAAGAUCAUUGAGUGGUGGCUUGGAUGCUGGUCGCACUGAAUCCAACAUCCAAGGGACCAGACCAGGGGAUCCAGAUGAGGAUGACUCCAAGCUGUCGCUCCACCCACGGCACUGGGUCAAGGCGAUUGAUGCUUUUGACCUUCCUCGCUUGACAUAUAACGUCGACAAGAAAUAUUUUGAGGCGAUAAAGUCCAAGCCUACGCUAUUCCCAUGCCCUUCACAUAAGACUGCCCUAUUCAGGGAUCGCUAUAACUUAGUCUACCAGCGCUUGCUCCGGAAUGAGACUUUCCAAAGUUCCUUGGGAGUGAUACGCGUCCCUUCUCUGCAGCGAUCAGCGUCGAACUUGGCCACUCAACAAUCAUACAAGUUAACACCAAUCGCGAACCUCCUAGGCCGAAGUGGCAGCUCUCAUCUAUUGCUGGGACUUCUGUCUACUUCCCCCACCGGUGAUUUGAGUUUGAUAGACCUCACAGGAAGUGUAGCCUUGGAUCUUAGCCAUGCACGCAUGAUCCCAGAGGAUGGUGCCUGGUUUGCACCGGGCAUGAUUGUCCUUGUGGAUGGGAUAUACGAAGAAGAAGAGAUGGUGCAGGGAUCCGUACUGGGAGGAAAUUCUGGGGUUGGAGGUACUAUUGGAGGUCACUUCGUUGGUGUGUCGAUCUGUGGUCCUCCCUGCGAACGAAGAGAUAUCUCACUUUGCACAAAUAGCCGCCAAGGCAGUGGUGAGCUGAGCUCCAGUGGUGGAUUUGGGUGGGUCGAUUUCUUAGGAAUUGGGAGCGAGCGCGCACAAGGAGCACGGAUGAGAAAGAUCCAGGAAAAAUGUCUGCGAGGGGAACCAGAGGCAAUGGAAGCACCGCCUCGGCUCAAAAUGGCGGUAAUGAGCGAGAUCAAUCUUGACAACAUGAGAGCUCUGGAUGCUCUGCGGAGGGUUUUCAGUACCUACAAUGAUCUUGCUCUCGCGGAUCGUCCGCAGACCUUUGUCUUGAUUGGCAAUUUUGUGCAGAAAGCGAUCAUCAACGGAGGUGGCCGAGCUGGAAGUAUCGAAUACAAAGAGCAUUUUGACUCUCUUGCGGUGGUUUUAUCCGAGUUUCCUGCACUCUUGCAACAUUCGACAUUUGUCUUUGUUCCCGGUGACAAUGAUCCAUGGGCAUCCGCAUUCUCUGCCGGAGCUGCGUCGACCAUUCCACGUCAGCCCAUCCCCGAGCUGUUUACCUCUCGGAUCAAGCGUGCCUUUGCGAAUGCGAAUUCAGAACUCGAUCGCUCUCAAACUUCUGAGCCGAUGGGGGAGGCGCUAUGGACUUCAAACCCCGCACGCCUCUCCUGGUUUGGGCCAGUGCAUGACAUUGCUGUCUUUCGUGACGAUAUCUCGAGCAGAUUGAGGCGCACAGCGAUCAAUAUGCAGACAGACAAUGACCAGAGUGAUGCUACAAUGCAGGAGGUGCCGGAAGACGCAAUAGAUGUCUCUCUAGCGCCAGACAUAGCCAACCAAGCCACUGGAGUCAAACCUGACGCUAAAGCGCCCGCCACAUCGGCAGCCCGUAAACUUGUGAAGACCAUUCUCGAUCAAGGGACGGUUUCACCAUUCCCACUACCCAUUCGACCCGUUCUGUGGGAUCAUGCUUCUGCUGUGCAGCUAUAUCCACUGCCCACUGCCCUCAUCCUGGCAGACUCGGAUGCCGCCCCUUUCUGCAUGACCUACGAAGGUUGUCAUGUGAUGAAUCCCGGACGAUUCCUACCCGAUAGUGCUGUGCCAACAGUGAGAUGGAUAGAAUAUGAUGUAUUACGGAGCCGAGGAAAAGUGAAGGAGGAAAGGUACUGA